AUGACUGUUUCUGUUGGCGACUCUCUUCCUCAAGUAAGCCUUACCUAUGUCCCUUAUGAUCCCAAGCGCGAUCCCAUGGCCUGUCCCGUCCCUGUCAAGUACGAUUUAGCAAAGGAAUUGAAGGGAAAGAAGGCUGUCAUCAUUAGUAUUCCUGGCGCAUUCACACCUACUUGCUCAGAACAACACGUUCCCCAGUUUCUGAAAAAGUAUGAUGAGCUCAAGAAGGCUGGCAUUGAUGUGAUUAUCUGUACUGCUACCAAUGAUGGCUUUGUCAUGGAUGCUUUUGGACAACAUUUGAAAGUCAAGGACAAGAUCAUCAUGGCAUCUGAUGGUGGUUCUGACUUUUUCCAACAGUUGGGCUUGACCUUGGAUUUGACGAGCAAAGGUAUGGGCGUUCGCUCAAAGCGUUUUGCCUUGGUUGUGGAUGACCUCAAGGUUACUUAUGUUGGCGUUGAUGAUUCUGGAGUCGAUAAGUCUGGUCCAGAUGCCGUUUUGAAGAGUUUGUAA